CAACGAAUGGUAGCUACAUACAUAUGUAUGUAGAGACAGAUGAAGCCACAUAACAUGCCUAGUAAGCAACUCAGCCGAAUACCUAGGUACCUAUGUCGUAGGUGUACAUAAUGCAUUCCAAUAUCAAGCAGGCUCUCGGCCAUCGGUCUCUAUUCGGAUGGUACAGCAUCUCAUGUUCUGUAGGUUUGAAGCACGUUUGCAAAUCAUUCUAGCUUCUACAUGUGCAGUUUUCUACGAUACUUCUCUCCUAUGUAUGCCCAUCUAUACGAAGAUACGCUAUUAUCAUCAGGAAUACUAUCAGGAUGCGCUUCUUAUGCUUGCAUGGCUCUGGGACCAACUCUGGGAUAUUUGAGACACAAACGGCCGCCAUCCGCUAUGAAUUAGGGGACCAGCACACAUUCGAGUUUGUCGAAGGCACAAUACCGGCCAGAUUAGCCCCCGAGUUAGAGGGGACAGUACCCUUAAACGACAAAUUCUUCUCGUACAUCGAUACUAUGAGCAUCGAUAGUUGUGCCUCGACACUCGUCAAUCUAGAUAAUUACCUCGCCGUGGAAGGCCCGUUUGAUAUGGUGUUGGCGUUUUCUCAAGGAGCUAUGAUUGCGGCGACCUAUAUUAUAUGGAAAUCAAGACAGAGUCCGGACCUUCCAUUACCCUUCAAGGGCGCUGUGUUUCUUUCCGCUUCAGGAGCAUAUGAUCCUGAUUUGCUGCGGAAAGGUUUCUUGCGCGCCUUGACACCAAGGGUGGAUGGAAACCUGAUCCGUAUCCCCACAGCACAUAUAUGGGGUCGGGGAGAUAUCUCUUCGAGAAAAGCGUCUGAUCUUAGUGGUUUAUGUGCAUCAGACACAAGGCACAUCUACAUCCAUCCAGGCGGUCAUGAGAUCCCAGGGGCUAGAAUGAAUGGCGCUGUCAGGUACAUUGUCCAAAUCAUCCGUAGGGUUAUCUCCUUAGCGAACGACACCGAUUCCUGCUGGGCAUAGGCUUAGAUAGGUCGACAACCUUGAAUGUAUUUUUAAUCUUUGUUGGGUUUCAUGUGCUUGUUUCCUGUCACUGGCAAAAGAGGAGGAAGAAAGCUUACUAAGG